AUGCCGAUCACUAAUCGCCACCACCACCACGUUCAGCCCUACAACAUCAUCCCCCUCCACUCCCCGCUCUCCGACCAUCCAUCCCUCCGCUUCCCGGAGGUCCGCGCCGCCGCCGCCGCCCUCCACUCCGUCGGGGACCUCCUCCGCCCCCCGAAAUGGCAGCCAGGUAUGGACCUCCUGGACUGGCUUGCCCUCUUCUUCGGGUUCCAAAACGACAACGUUCGCAACCAGCGCGAGCACCUCGUCCUCCACCUCGCCAACUCCCAGAUGCGCCUCUCCCCUCCCCCCGAAACCCUCGACGCCACCGUCCUCCGCUCCUUCCGCACAAAACUCCUCCGCAACUACACCGCCUGGUGCAACCACCUCCCCACCAAACCCUCUGUCUGGCUCUCCAAUAACAAAACCAACUCCUCCGAUGACGACCGCCGCCGCGAACUUCUCUACGUCGCCCUCUACCUCCUCAUUUGGGGCGAGGCCGCCAACCUUCGCUUCCUCCCCGAAUGCAUCGCUUACAUCUUCCAUCACAUGGCCAUCGACCUCAACAAAAUACUACAAGACCAAUAUCAUAACCAACCCUCAUCAAACAACUUCCUAGAGCGUGUUGUGAAACCGAUUUACCAAACCAUACUCUCUGAAGUCGAGACUAGCAGGAACGGAACCGCGCCUCACUGUGAAUGGCGAAACUACGACGACAUAAACGAGUUUUUCUGGAACAAGCGGUGCUUUAAGAAGCUCAAGUGGCCUAUUGAUGUUGGAAGCGACUUUUUUCUUACCAAACGCGUGGGAAAGACUGGGUUUGUGGAACGGCGGUCGUUUUGGAACUUGUUUAGGAGUUUCGAUAGGCUUUGGAUCAUGCUGGUUUUGUUCCUUCAGGUUGGUUUAAUUGUUGCGUGGAAGGAUAGGGCUUAUCCUUGGCAUGCAUUGGAGGAACGUGACGUGCAGGUUCGGGUCUUAACCGUUUUCUUCACGUGGAGUGCUCUCCGGUUUCUGCAGUCUUUGCUUGACAUAGUCAUGCAAUGCAGAUUGGUUUCAGUGGAGACAAUUGGGCUUGGAGUGAGGAUGGUGCUGAAAACCAUCGUAGCCGCGGCGUGGUUCGUUGUGUUUCUUGUGUUUUAUCUGAAGAUAUGGGAGCAGAGAAAUCGUGAUGGGAAGUGGUCUGUUGAAGCAAACAAGCGAUUGAUAACUUUUCUUGAGGUUGCUUUUGUUUUCGUGGUUCCGGAGCUUCUGGCUUUGGUCCUUUUUGUGCUUCCUUGGGUUAGGAAUUUUAUUGAGAACAGUGACUGGAGGGUCUGUUAUAUGGUGUCAUGGUGGUUUCAGACAAAGACUUUCGUCGGUCGUGGAUUGAGAGAAGGUCUUGUGGACAACAUUAGGUACACCUUGUUCUGGGUUGUGGUCUUGGCCUCCAAAUUUUGUUUCAGCUACUUUUUACAGAUUAGGCCAAUGGUUGCUCCAUCAAAGGCAGUUUUGGACCUUAGGGAUGUUAAUUAUCUGUGGCAUGAGUUUUUUCAUAAUGGUAACGGGUUUGCUCUCGGGCUAAUCUGGAUUCCUGUUGUUUUGAUUUAUCUGAUGGAUAUUCAGAUAUGGUAUUCUAUAUAUUCAUCUUUGGUUGGGGCAGGUGUGGGGUUGUUUUCACACUUGGGUGAGAUUCGGAGUAUGCAGCAGUUGAAGUUGAGGUUUCAGUUUUUCGCUAGCGCGGUUCUGUUUAAUCUAAUGCCAGAGGAGCAGUUGUUGAAUGCAAGGAAAACAUUGAGUGGCAAAGUUAAGGAUGGUAUUCAUAGGAUGAAGCUAAGGUACGGGUUUGGUCAGCCAUAUAUGAAGCUUGAGUUUAAUCAAGGUGAGGCUAACAAGUUUUCAUUGAUAUGGAAUGAGAUAAUUAUGUGCUUUAGGGAAGAAGAUAUCAUAUCUGAUCGAGAGGUUGAACUAUUAGAGCUGCCAAAGAACCCUUGGAAUGUGAGGGUUAUUCGAUGGCCAUGUUUUCUUCUAUGUAAUGAGUUGUUGCUGGCUCUAAGUCAGGCCAAAGAGCUAGUUGAUGCUCCUGAUAGGAGGCUAUGGAGGAAGAUCUGCAAGAAUGAGUUUAGGCGAUGUGCUGUCAUUGAAACAUAUGACUGCAUCAAGCACUUGCUUUUUCAGAUUAUCAAACCUGACAGUGAAGAGCAUUCUAUUGUGAUGGUUCUGUUUCAAGAAAUUGAUCACUCUCUCGAGAUUGGGAAGUUCACUAAAGUAUUCAAAACCACUACACUUCCUCAGCUACACAACAAGUUGAUAAAACUCAUUGAGUUAUUGAACAGAGAAAAAGUAAAUUCUAAGCAAUUGGUGUACACCCUUCAGGCCAUUUAUGAGAUUGUUGUCCGAGAUUUUUUCAAGGAGAAAAGGAAUACUGAACAGCUUAGGGAGGACGGUUUGGCUCCACAAAAUCCAUCUUCUUCUGAUGUUCUACUUUUCGAGAAUGCGACUCAGUUGCCCGAGGCUAUCAAUGAGAACUUCUACAGACAGAUUCGGCGCUUGCAUACUAUUCUUACAUCUAGAGAUUCAAUGCAAAACAUCCCAGUUAAUCUAGAAGCCAGAAGAAGGAUUUCUUUCUUCACCAAUUCACUUUUUAUGAACAUGCCCCAUGCCCCCCAAGUUGAGAAAAUGAUGGCUUUCAGUGUUCUAACCCCUUAUUACAGUGAAGAAGUAGUUUACAGUAAAGAACAACUCAGAGUUGGGAAUGAAGAUGGGAUAUCAACCCUGUACUAUUUGCAGACUAUAUAUGAUGAUGAGUGGAAGAAUUUUAUGGAGAGGAUGAAGAGGGAGGGGAUGAACAAUGAGAGGGAUAUAUGGACUGAUAAACUUAGUGAUUUGAGGUCAUGGGCAUCCUAUAGAGGCCAGACACUAUCAAGGACUGUUAGAGGAAUGAUGUACUACUCUAAGGCCCUCAAGCUUUUGGCAUUUCUGGAUUCUGCAUCAGAAAUAGAGACCCAAGAAGGCGCACGCGAACUUGUUCCACUGAAUCAAGAAAACUCAAAUGGUUCUAACUUGGAAAGGUCACCUUCCCCUAUGACUUUAAGCAAAGCAAGCAGUUCAGCAAGUUUGUUAUUCAAAGGGCAUGAAUAUGGCACUGCUUUAAUGAAAUUCACGUAUGUGAUUGCUUGCCAGAUAUAUGGAGCACAGAAGGAAAGAAAGGACCCCCAUGCAGAUGAAAUUUUGUAUCUAAUGAAAAACAAUGAAGCCCUUCGAGUUGCCUAUGUUGAUGAGGUUCCCACUGGUAGAGAUGCGAAAGAGUAUUAUUCUGUUCUCGUUAAGUUUGACCAACAACUGGACAAGGAAGUGGAAAUUUACCGUGUGAAGCUGCCAGGUCCAAUAAAACUAGGAGAAGGAAAGCCAGAGAAUCAAAACCAUGCCAUCAUCUUCACUCGCGGCGAUGCUGUUCAGACCAUUGACAUGAACCAGGACAACUACUUCGAGGAGGCACUUAAAAUGAGGAAUCUCUUGGAAGAAUACAGACACAACUAUGGUCUUAGGAAACCUACUAUUUUGGGAGUGAGGGAAAACAUUUUUACCGGUUCUGUUUCCUCCUUAGCAUGGUUCAUGUCGGCUCAGGAAACAAGUUUUGUCACCUUGGGACAGAGGGUUUUGGCAAACCCUCUCAAAGUUCGAAUGCAUUAUGGCCACCCUGAUGUGUUUGACAGGUUUUGGUUCAUAACUAGAGGUGGCAUCAGCAAAGCCUCAAGAGUGAUCAACAUAAGCGAGGACAUCUUUGCCGGCUUUAACUGCACACUUCGUGGGGGUAAUGUCACACAUCAUGAAUACAUUCAGGUUGGAAAAGGAAGGGAUGUUGGAUUGAACCAAAUAUCAAUGUUUGAAGCAAAGGUUGCAAGUGGAAAUGGGGAGCAAGUACUAAGCAGAGAUGUGUAUAGAUUGGGUCAUAGGCUUGAUUUUUUUCGUAUGUUGUCAUUCUUCUACACUACAGUGGGGUUCUUUUUCAACACCAUGAUGGUGGUUCUUACCGUAUAUUCAUUCUUAUGGGGCAGAUUGUUGCUUGCUCUUAGUGGCAUUGAAGCUGCUAUGGAAAGUAACAGCAACAACAACAAAGCACUUAGUAUAAUCUUGAAUCAGCAGUUCAUGGUUCAAAUUGGACUUUUCACUGCCCUUCCAAUGAUUGUGGAGAAUUCCCUUGAACAAGGGUUCCUUCAAGCCGUUUGGGAUUUCUUGACAAUGCAGCUCCAACUUUCAUCAGUUUUCUACACAUUCUCAAUGGGCACACGCAGCCACUUCUUUGGAAGAACCAUUUUGCAUGGCGGAGCAAAAUACCGAGCCACGGGGCGCGGUUUCGUUGUAGAGCACAAGAGUUUUGCAGAAAACUAUAGACUCUAUGCUCGCAGCCAUUUUGUGAAAGCAAUUGAACUGGGACUAAUACUAACAGUUUAUGCAUCACACAGCACUGUAGCAACUGACACAUUUGUUUACAUAGCCAUGACAUUCUCUAGUUGGUUCUUGGUUGCAUCAUGGAUCAUGGCGCCGUUUGUGUUCAACCCUUCUGGCUUUGACUGGCUGAAAACUGUGUAUGAUUUUGAGGACUUCAUGAACUGGAUUUGGAACCGCCAAAGGGUGUUUGCUAAAGCUGAACAGAGCUGGGAAAAGUGGUGGUACGAAGAGCAAGAUCAUCUUAAGGUAACUGGCUUUUGGGGAAAGCUUUUGGAGAUAAUUUUAGACCUUCGGUUCUUCAUAUUCCAAUAUGGUAUUGUCUAUCAGCUAGGCAUAGCUGCUAGAAGCACCAGCAUUGUUGUUUACUUGCUAUCUUGGGUUUAUGUGUUUGUUGUAUUUGGGAUCUAUGUGGUGGUAGCUUAUGCUCAAAACGAAUAUGAAGCAAAACACCACAUCUAUUACCGGUUGGUCCAAUCCAUGCUCAUAGUCAUUGCCAUACUUGUAAUAGUUGCAUUGCUGAAAUUCACUGAAUUCAAAUUCAUGGACAUUUUCACUAGCUUGGUGGCAUUCAUUCCCACAGGAUGGGGCAUGAUAUUGAUUGCUCAAGUGUUCAGGCCAUGUUUGCAGUGCACCAUAGUUUGGAAUGUUGUUGUUUGCUUGGCUCGUUUAUAUGAUAUAUUAUUUGGGGUCAUUGUUAUGACCCCUGUGGCUCUACUAUCGUGGUUGCCAGGGUUUCAGCCUAUGCAAACAAGGAUUCUGUUCAAUGAAGCAUUCAGUAGGGGACUUCGAAUAUUCCAGAUUGUUACGGGAAAAAAGUCAUUGUGAUUAUUUAAGGGUAUCUUUUUGUUCCAUAUGUUGUAUGGUUGUAAUUGUUUUUGUAUGCCAAUCAUUUACUGAUGGACAAGUUUAACGUGACAAACAUAAACCAUUUUUUUUUCU